AUGGGUCAAUUUUCCCCCAAAACGAUGAAACAAUACUUUCUUUCUAGGAUUCCUAGCCUAUUGGUCCUUCCCGAAUCAGAUAAGAGUAAGCUAAACCCAAUACAUGCAUUUAUGGCCAUGUCACCAAGAAACUGGAGUUUCUUCUGGUGCGCUUGGCUAGGUUGGACCUUCGAUUCAUUUGAUUACUUUUCAGUUUCAGUGACAGCUUCACAGAUUGCUGAUACAUUCGGCUGCUCCUUGAAAGAAAUCACAUGGGGAAUGACACUAGUACUUAUGGUCCGUUCUGUUGGGGCUGUUAUAUUUGGUGUUGCAUCAGAUAGAUAUGGAAGAAAAUGGCCAUUCAUUAUUAACUGUUUGCUUUUCAUUAUUCUAGAAUUAGGAACUUCGUUUGUCAGUACAUAUAAACAAUUUCUAGCUGUUCGUGCAUUAUUUGGCAUUGCUCUUGGUGGAAUGUUUGGUAACGCAGCAGCUACAGCAAUGGAAGAUGCUCCCCUUGUUUCCCGAGGAAUUUUGUCAGGGUUAUUUCAAGCAGGUUAUGCGUUUGGAUAUCUUUUAGCUGUUAUAUUUAAUCAAGCUUUCGAAAAUACUCCGCAUGGUUGGCGUGCGCUUUUCUGGUUUAGUUCAGCAUUGCCUGUAAUCCCUAUUUCCUGGAGAUUAUUACUUCCAGAAACAGAUACAUUUAUGGCUGAGAAAGAAACGAAAAACGAAAACUUGACCCAAGAUUUCAUAAUACAAGCCAAGAUAGCAUUUAAAAAGGAAUGGCUUGUUAUUAUGUUUUUGGUUUGUUAUGUUGGUGGUUUCAAUUAUAUAUCUCAUGGAUCUCAAGAUUUGUAUCCUGCUAUGCUUGAAAAGCAGCUUCAUUUCAGUGAAGAGAGAACUACUGUCACAAUGGUAGUCCUCACACUUGGUGAUUGUUUGGCGGGUCUUAUUGGUGGACACAUUUGUGAGUUAUUAGGCAGGAGGUUAACAGUAGUUAUUUGUUGCGUAUGUGGAGGUGCAUUGAUAUAUCCAACAUUUUUUAUUCGAAACAAUGGGAUCUAUCCAGCUGUAUUUCUUUAUCAAUUCUUUGUUCAGUGUGCAUGGGGUAUAAUUCCAAUUUACUUGAAUGAAAUGUCACCACCGGCGUUUAGAGCAGUUAUAGCUGGAACAGCGUACCAAUUGGGUAAUCUUGCCGCAAGUGCUGCAACAACUAUUGAAACUACAGUAGGAGAGAGAUUUCCACUUAAUGAUGAAAUUGAAGGCACGUAUGAUUAUGGUAAGGUCAUGGCAAUUUUAUGCGGCGCAGCAUUUGCAUAUCUAUUAAUUAUGUCAAUUUUGGGGCCUGAAAGGUAUCAUAAUGAUUUCCAUACUCCGGAAUACUAUGAAUUUGAUGCUACUACAGAAAUUAAAGUUGAAAAAGUACAAGACGAGAAAUUCUUUUCAAAUUCAUCCGUAUAA